AUGUCUGACCACUACCACCUUUACAAAUUCCUGAAUGAUCGGCGCAGUGGAUCAACGCACAGACGUUUCGAUUAUCGGCGUGUACAUCAAUAUACCAGAGCACCAAGCACAUCCAUCCUUACCGAAGAUCCCAUCCAAGUCAAGCAUCAUGACAAGAUAUUUUCAUCAACAUGGAUUAGCGAUGACCGAGUAGUGGUUGGCACCAAAGACAACAAGUUACUUGCUAUUGACACAAUGGAUCACACGCUCUCGGAAAUCCCCUUUGCAAUCACCAUGCCAACAACACCCAUCUCUUCUCCUACCACGACAAAGCAUCAGCAAUUCGAACGCGAGCCUGUGACACCAUCCAGCAUUCCAUCAAAACGCUUCUCCAAAUGUGAGGGAAUACGCAGCCUAGCAACCAAUCCUUCACGCACCCUAUUGGCAGUUGCCGUUGCUGAUCCACCUUGUGUGAUGAUAUACCGAUUACCCGAAUUGACAUUCCUCAGCACAACAGCACAAGAACAUCGAGAUGCAGUGUUUAGUGUACAAUGGAUUGAUGAUACGGCAUUUAUUACCGGGUCACGCGAUGGCACUAUGGGUUUAUGGGGAAUUGGGACUGCAAAGCGAUGGAAAACCAGUGGUCGAGUGCGUGAUAUCAAAAUGAUGAAUACACAUGAAGCUGCCAGCUUGAGCUCCAUUGGCAAUGUGGAAAUAUGGAACAUUCAUACGCAACAAAAGGAACGUCAUAUGCCAUUAUGGCGGACACGGGAGUUGGUUUGCAUGGCACAACAACAGCACUUGCUUGCCGUUGGAUCACAAGAACAUGUGACAUUAUUGGAUACUCGUACUGGAAGAGACCAUCGUUCCCACAUGCACGAAUUCCUCUCGCAAGAUCAAGAUUGGGGUGUACGUUCACUGGAAUUGCGCGAUCAUAUCGUUACGUGUGGUGGUGGUCGUGGCCGAAUAUCGUUUUAUGACGUACGCAACCAUGCAUUUGUUCCUUCGUCGUCAGGCCAACCGUAUCAAAGUGUCUCGGAAGGAUGGUUUGAUGAAUCCAGCCACGUAUACCGCAACUACUUUUAUGGCCAACAUCGAUUGACACCUCAAGCUGUAUAUACCCUUGCUUAUAGUCCGGAUAAUGAUGCCAAGCUCUUUACAGGUGGUGGCCCCAUACAAAGUUCUCUUAAAGGCUGUCAUGCAGCUCUAUGGACAUGUUACAACUAG